AUGGCUACCUCCUUCCAACCUAAUGUGCACUACACCUUUGGGUCACCCCUGUCUGCGAGCUCUAUCUUCGGCAGGCGUCAGGCCUCAAAUAUUCUCGAGCAAGAGAGUUAUUCUAACAGUAGCUUUCAAUCUGGAAGUUCCAGACAUGUGUCGAGAAGAGUCAGCAGCAGUGGUAACACUGCACUAGCUGAUGUGGUUAACACACUCACCCGACGGAGCAGCGAUGCAAUGAUAGCAUCCAAAAUCAACGAUGCCGACUAUGAGACAUUGCUGAACUGGAUCCGAGCUGAACGUAUGAGGAAGCUACCCCCCGAGGGAAGCAGCUACGACAAGGCCCUGGUCUGGGCUGUUUUGUUCGUGGGACGUCUGCAUUCCUUCGAUUCAGCCAUUGGACACUUCGCUGGCGACAGCCACACAGCGGCUCAGCUGGCUUACGUGUACUGUGCUAAUCUACUGGAGCUCGGAGAGCAAAAUGCGUCCGCCCUUCAGGACCUCUUCGGGUUCUUUUACCGCUGCUCGACUGGACUCGGCAACUUGUUGGACCGAACGGAGCUUUUCGAUGUGUCCAAAGAUAUCAAGGACCAGCUGAUUCUGGCAUUGGCUGACCUUGUUACUCUGGUUGCUGGCGUUGCGAGCCACUUCAACCGCGCCUUGCAGAAUUCCCAGACGGUGGAAAUUGACAUCUGCCAUCAAUUUUCCGAGUCGCUCAGCAGCUUUCACAGUCGCUGCGAGACCGUCUCUGACCUGAUGUGGAGACACCAACUUGUCCGCGAGGGUCUGAACGGUGAUAAAGUGACCGAGAUAAAGACUAUCAGAAGCUGGCUUGAGCCAGAGGAUCCAGCUCUCACAAAUAUCACCGAGAACACUGCUCAUUUUGCUCAGGAGCGCGAAGAAUCAACCUGUCUCUGGGUGUCUCAGUACUUGACCAGAUUUCUCAAAAGCAACCAGCAAGUCCUUUCCUUCGUAGGAAAGCCGGGAUCCGGUAAAUCAAUCCUGUCAACGGUCAUCAACGACCAUUUACAGCAUCCGGUCGGAGGUGUUACCUACAAGCCAAUCUUUGCGCCAAUUAAUGGCAGGGUGGCUGCGAAUACUACACCGCGGGCUAUUGCGAAGACGAUCCUGUCCCAGCUGUUCGGCAAACGCAUCGGCAAUGUGAGGUUGUACCAGAUCUUAGCCGAUGCUUAUGAGCGGAGCCAGAGAACUGUUGACGAAGAUGCGUAUGACAAUAUUCUCUGGAACGCCUUGGGCAAUUCCCUCAAUGCCAGUCUCAAGAAUGCCAAAGAACUUGUUCUGGUCGUCGAUGGUGUUGACGAGGCUAGUUGCGGCGAGACACCUUUGCUACGAAAGCUCCAGGAGGCUGUUCAGAACGCCGGUAACGUAAAACUGAUUGUCUUCGGCUCCCAGAAGCCGAGUCAAUUCCCAUCCCAAACUACGGUGAACGUCACUCCAGAGCUGGUCUUCGAUGAUAUUGCUGCCGUGGCACGUAAAAUCUUGCAACAGAGUCACGCUUUCAACUAUAUGUCCGAAGAUGACCAAGAGCUCAAUGUGACCCGAAUCGCAGAGGCAUCACAGGGCUCCUUCCUGUGGGCCAAGCUUGCUGCCAAGCGUGUUCGGGAUGAGCAUCCAACAAAUGCGAAUUCUUUGACGAGGUCUAUCCAAAGUAUAGCCAACGCGGGAUACAGUGUUACCGAUUUGGUCUCCCAGUCUGUGCAUUCGAAGUUGAAUGAUGAUGGGAAGAAGAUCUUAACAUGGCUCGCAACUGCGGUUCGCCCACUCAGCAAGAGCGAAUUAACAUCUCUGGUGUCGAUUGAAUUGAACAAGGCCUCGUAUACCGAGCGAGAGAUUGAUAUCCAGCAUACCCUUAAGCCUGUUGCGUCGUUGGUGUUUAUCCAGAAUAACAUGGUCUUCCUCAGACAUGGACAGAUCCGCUCUGCCAUCCUGGACAUUUUUGCCAGGGAGAAGUUCCUUCCGGCCAUCAAGAACCGAAACAGCGAUUUGACGCAGAGGCUUCUGCUCUACACCAAGCAAGCCGUGAAUGAGAGUCAUGACCCGUCUUUGAGUCCCCUGGAUGAGAAGGUUGCUCAGACCUAUCUGGACAAGCACCCUCUUCUGGACUUCGCCCUUCGGUACUGGGUGAACCACGCCAGUCUGGCGUAUGGUUGCACCACUGACAAGGAAAUUGCCACAGCUGGAAAUGAAUUAAGAUCAGUGAUUCCGACAUCUCCCACAGUGCCGUUGUUGGAGAUGACUGUAUGGGAGGGCAAGUCAACCCCAGCGCUUAAGUCACUGCACGAGACCCAGACGCGUCUCUACCGCCAGAUCCUGACCACCACUCACCCCACCACCCUGCAAGCCAUCCUGUGCCAGGCCAUAUUCUAUCGACGUAUUCAUGAUAGCCUGCCUGCCCAGGUUAGUCAAAUUUUUUACGAUGCGGCGGUGAUCAGUAAAGAUGUGCUGUCCGAAAGCCACCUCAUCACAAUGCAGAUGACCAAGUUCUACUUGGAAACCACUGCAGACCAGGUCGUCGAGUCUAAGACGGACGUCAUGAUUAAGCGUGUUCAGAUGCUCGAGCUGCUUGUGGAAUGUUACAAGAUCCAUUACGGAGCCACAAGCACCAUAGUGACAUCCACCUUGACCCAGCUAUCCCAGCACUACAUUUCCAUCAAGGAAGAACACAAAGCCAAGGAAAUUGAAACAUGGCUCCAAACCACGACAGAAAAGCAUCACACACAGAAUCACAGUACAACUCGGCAGGUCGACGGGUCGUUGCUGGUUCACAUCCGCGGUCGUGAAGACACUAACGACCAAGGCAAAACCCUCACUUGGGAACACAUUGAAACUGACGAACUGAUCUCUCAGACUGUGGAUGUCGAAAGCCUUUUCAGUCGGGCGGAGAAGGCCGUGGCUGCGGGACAUUGGAGGGAGGCAGAAAGCCUCUAUGUUGAGCUCUGGCAGCACACCAGCAAGGAGUACCGGACGCGAGAAUCCGAGGCAGCCUCCAUUCUUGAGGGCUUCUGGGAGGAAUAUGAGCAAACUACUUCAAGCUCAGAGGCAGUAGUGUCUCAUUUCCUCGAAGUCGCGCACCUCAUGAAAUCGGUUGGGCUGUCCCGAGUAGCUCUCAAUGUGUUCAAGCACAUCGCCCGGAACAGCACUCGGCAAAGCUCCACCUACCAUGAAGCCGAGCAAUACAUCCGGUCCACUAGUCGGGAAAUCAUGCAGAGCACUAGCUUCGAGUCGUUCCAGACUGAGUCCAGCCUCGAGGAGAUUGUGUACCAUUCUUCCAGUACCGACGAAGUUACCGUCAAGGCUUCCAACAAGCUGUUAGAACUGUAUUUGUCGCAGCACCGGUGGCAGGAUGCGACCAAGAUCUUGAAACGGCUUCUGCGCAGCGUUUGGCCGGCCUUGUUCGCCCCUUCUCUGGAUGACGUCGUCCUUCCCUCGACAAAUCUAGAUAGGGCUAUCGAGCUAACAGAGCGUCUGAGCAACUGCUAUCGGUCCAGACGCUAUCAGCUCAAGGAAGAAGACAUCCGGGUGCGUCUCUAUCGCGCUGUUCGGCGUGACCGACCCGCCGGCGAUAGGCUACUUGAGAGAGUGACGACUAGCCUGUUGCGUCUGUACGAACGUACCUCUCAAACAGAGAAGGUGAUCACUAUUCAUCAGGACAAGCUCCAGGACUACACCAAGCGUUAUGGUGGAAGUCACCCUACCGUCCUGAAGGAGUUGUGGACCUUGGCGGAGCUCACCCGUCCCCGGCCCGUGGCUGUUGACUAUUACCGCCAGAUAGUUUCUAUUCUGAACAAGGAUUCCGAGACCUGCCACCCAGAUGCAUUUGAGCCCUUACUUGUGGUUGCAACGGAGCUUUUGAAUCAAGGCCGGUACAGUGAUGCACUGAAGCCCUGCCGCGUGUUGUUCAACACGCUCCAAAACCCGAAGAUCAGUCCGAAGCUUCAGGACCAAGCCUUUGUGCAGACCAUUUAUGAACGCUAUGUCCACUGCCUGCGCAUGGUUCAGAGCGACACUGCUUCUAUUCAUGAUGUGACUGUCCAGUAUCGUAAGUCGUGCAUAAGUCUGUUUGGCUCCACUGCUACGAUUACAAUCCAAGCGACCAAGACACUGGCCCAUAUCUGCCAGGAAUCCAAGCAAUAUGAACAUGAGGCAAUUCAGCUUUACAAGACCCUCCUUGAUACUAGGUCCACCGAGGUGGAAAUUGACUAUGAUGAUAUUCGUGCCACACUGGACACUAUGACCGAAUCAGAGAAAGUUGAAGUUCAGAAGGAAUUCUCGUCCAUGACCGAGUCAGAAGUGCGGAACUGGGUGUCUGUCCGCACCCGCCACUUGUCUUCCAUCCGGUCCACCCAGGGAUGGGCGCAUGAGGAGGCGCUGUCUCAGAUGGAGGAGCUUACUUCCUUGUACACGAAGCGUGGGGAAACUCACCAGACUGUUUCGAUCUUACAGGAAGCGACCUCUCAAAUCCUGACUUCACAGACCUCUGCCACCCAGUUGACGGCGGCAGCAAAGAGCAUUGUGUCCGGCUACAUUGAGGCGGGUGAGAUCCACCGAGCUAAGGAAUUGAGUCAGGAGCUCUAUCGCCAGAUGAUCCUGAAGGACUCUUCCAACGUGUCUCUCUUCGGAUUCGAUAUCACCUCCAGUCAACGAGAGAACCUGGCCUUCUUGGCUCAGGUUGAGUACAGCCUCCGCGUCCGCGAAGAUUCUACUGUCACUCUGAAUGAGAUUUACUCUACGCUUACCAUGGAGUAUCUGUUCAUGGAGCGCUUCCAGUCCGAAAUCAGCUCCAAGAGCACUAGCCUACAGACGUUGACAGCCACCGUCCCCCGUUUGUACGGAUUUUUGGUGUCACGGAACCGUCAGUCCGCUGCCAACCGUGUUGUCGAGCAGUUCUCCAACUACUUCCUCAACACCGAGGGUAGCAGCCUGAAGCUGAACAUACAUCAGGCUAGAGUGUUCACUGAGACUAUCUUAGAGUAUUUCAGUACUCACAAGUCGCGGGAUCUUGUCCGCUCGGUGGCCAUCGCUUCCUACAACCGGACCACGCAGUUGCUGGCAUCGGGCAAUUAUCAGGCAGCAUGCGACCUGGCUUUGACUGCAUUCCGCUACAUCUGGUCCCACCAAGGCUACUCCUCGGAAUCGACUCUAAAGCUGGUGUUCAAGCUUGGCUUGGUUAUUGCCGGUCGCGAUAUCAAGGGAGAACCCCCAGCCUCCACGCGCAAGGAAAUGCUUAACGUGUCAGGCACCAUAAUGCGCGACACGCUGGAUUACUUCCAGAGCCACAACAUUGACAUGGCUCAGUUGGAUCUUGUGAAUCUGGAGAGCUUGAUUGGCGUGCUCGAUGAGCAGCAUGACUACCACACCUUGGCCUGGAUCCUCACCUCGCUCUGGAACUCCCGGGAUACUCACGAGAUCUGGAAUGCCGAGAACGACCAGGAGGUUUCUCAGCAACAAUUCCAGUACACUUUGGCUCUUGGCCGCUGGCUGGUCAUUACUCGUUACCUCAUUGGCGACUACACGGCUGCCAUCCGCUUGGCCGAGGACAUUGUCUACAACUGCGCGCGUGUUCAGGGACCGCGUCACUCCAGCACGGUGGAGAUGACAGUCCUGCUUUCCCAGAUGUACACCAGCGUGGCCCAGGGAUACCAGAACCAGAAGGACCGUCGCGAACUGGCAUACCGGUACUACAAGAAGGCCGCGGCGGUGCACGAGAAUGCGCUGCGCUACUUCAUCGAUCCGACCUCGGUGUCCGCGUCGGAGAUGGAGGGAGGCGUCCUUUCCGGACUCUCCUCGCCCGCCUCCAGCCCCGGAGUCGGUGCAGACGAGGAAGGCAAGUUUGUGCGGAAGCACCUCCACCUGCUGAAGCUUGCAGUUGAGCGCCUGGGCGACUGGCCGAAGGAGUACUCCGAGUACGAGCGCCUCAACAAUGACUUGUUCCGUACCUACUCCAACGACUUGAAGGGCGUUGACGGAAUCGACAAAUGGAACCUUAAGCGGUUCGGUUCCGGUCGUGCUGAGGCUAGUGAUGACCUUCUCUCGACUGGCAUUGAGAACCAGGGAGUCGGCUUCUAUGAGCGCCUGGCGAUUGCCGUCUAA